AGGAGGAGGAUAGCCAUCCUGUACGCCCUCACCAUGACCAGCUGCCGCCACCAUUCCGGGUACUUGGCAGACGACGAGGCCGGCCACACCACCUACGUGGCCCGGCUGCCUAAGAAGCCACUGUUUCCAGGAAUGGGGCAAGCCGCCAAGUUGGGCCACACGCCACACCCACCAUCGAGGUACACCCCCACAGACAGCUUAGGGCUCCGUGGCCACCGACGAAACCCAAGGGACCCUCGGCCCUUUGGUACCUUCCUGGAUUUCCUCGUCGAGGGUCAGGUGCUAGACAGCCUACAGACGGUGGUGGAAGAGGCAACUGAGCGCAUGACUGCCAUGAAGACAGAGGCUGGGGUGCCCCUGGUGGAGGUGCAGGACCCCAUAGAGGUGCCGAGGGGUGGGCGGCGGGCGCGUGCCCGGCCCAGCCUCAGUACCGUGCACCGGCACCGGGCCCGGCCCAGCCUCUGCACUGGACAGCCCAACAACUACCCCUCCUCCUCCAGCUCCAUGUCCGAUUCCCAUAGCUGCUUCACAGCUGGCUGCCGGGGCUCCCACAGCUGGGACAGUGACCUGGGCGCCCGUGGCAUGGGCUCACUGCCACCCAUGAGGGACAGACUUUUGCUGGAGAAGAACCUCAAACGGUUUCUGAAGCUGGAGAACCGAGGGAAAGGCCUGGGUCCAUCCUGCUUCCGGAGGGACUCCCUGCUGUGGAACUCCCUGGCCAGCCAGUCCAGCAGCCAGUGGACCCAGGAGCCACCUCAGUCAUGGUUCUCAGGCCUGCUGGACUCAAACAUAGGCACACCCCAAACAUCAGAGCCCGGGUCUGGAGAACGGGAUCUGACGUUUCUCAAGCGAGAGUUCAAUAAGGAGAUCAAGUCCUUGUUGAACCAGCCAGUGUCCUUUGACCUGCCCGGCUACUGUUCGUUCCGUGAGCCCCAUCAGACCCUGAACUUUCUGGCUGAGCACCACCUCUUCCCUGCCCUGCAGAGCGUGGUCCGCCAGGCUGUGGACAAGCUCAGUGGCGCCUGCCGCCACAAUGGCCGCCCUCUCUUCCCAUCAGAAUGGGAGCCCUCCACAGAUCCCAAUUCUGACUCCGCCACAGGCUCCAAGCCAGCCACACCCACCGACGGGGAGGACCCCUACGAUGUGCUUCCCAGAGUCUCCAGCUCCAAGACAGAUGGAAGAAAGAGAACCAAGGGCAGAGGACAGGGCAAGCCCAAGGAAGGUGGUUCCCCUGUGUCUAGUGCCCAGGUGGCCACAAGAUACAGGAUCGAGGUGAAACCCACAGAAGAAUCCAAGGUUCCCUCACCCCACCCCAGACAGGAGUCUCCUGACCAGAACCCUGAAAAACAUAGACCACCCAUCCCUUCUUCUGGGCCCCUGAGCUCCAGCCAAAAGGCCCAUCCGUGGCGGAGCCUGCACCUCACCCUGCCUGUCUCUGGGAUUGUGGUGGAAGGGUCCUCCAGCCAGACACAGCCCACUAUUCGGGGCAUAGCUCCUCUCACCUUCCCCUACCCUGGCUUCUCCCACCGCCUCCCUGUGUUCUCACCACUUGCCUCCUCAAGCCCCACUUACAAGUUCACGAAGAAGAAGCCACUGCCCUCCAUCUCCUCCAACUCCAGCACGUCCCACCUCUCCAACCCCUUGUACGAGGAGCUCGUCAGCUAUUUGGUGGACCAGGUUGUGUCCUUGCUCACCUACAAGUACAAGUUUGAGAAGAACCUCUCCAAGAAGCUGGGCUUCAUCUCCUUCCCGGUCACCGAGAUGCUCAUGGACCUCUUCCUGGGCUUCAGGAAGGUGAAGGGCUCCCACAUCUGCCUGUCCCCCAAGACUGACUGGAGCUGCCUCCAGCGGAGGCUGGAGCAGGCUGAGUGGGCCCAGCAGCUGUCCAGACACACAUCCCAGCACGAUUCCUCCUCCCAGCGCAGCUCCCACCGCAGAGCCCCCCACCACAAAGCCCCCCACCACAAGGCCCCCCAUCACAGGCCAUCCCACAGUAGCACAGAGUCGCCCUCCACGCUGCUGGAGCCAGGCCCCCAAGUGGAUCAGGAGGAGGCCAUGGAGUCCAGCCUCAACAGUGAGUUUCCAGGCUCUCAGCUGCUCCCAGCUCAGGAGGACACUCCAGUCGGGGGCCAGGAGCCCGCAAGCCAGCAAGAGCCCAAGCCCUCCAUGUUCUCUGGCACCAGCAUGGGCUCUAAUAAGCAUCAGGAAGUCCUAGACAUGGACAGUCAGAGCGAGGAGGAGGAAGAGGGUGAGGACGAGGAUGAGGACUUCUUAGGGGACAACGACACAUCCCAGAGCUACCCGGGGCUUCAAGUGGAGGUGGGGGUCACCCACUCCACAAACGUGGGCCACAGUGACCCUCCGUGA